GGCAGUGAGCUGGUCUCGGGGCUGAUGGACGGGAGUGUCCCGACCACAUCCCCUUUACGCGCAGGCAGGACCAACCGGCUGCCCGCGGUGGAUGGAGACGCGUCUGUGACGAACCGAUCCGCUCGUCGCACUCGGGGGGGGGAAACCAUGACUCCUUUUUGACGUGUGACCUUCCCCGGAUAUUCCUUUCACUUUUGCUCGCAUCCCAAAACCGGCCCGUCCGUUCACUUAGAAGAAGCCGCCCGGUUCCACCGGCCGCCCCCGUCUUUGUGAGCAUGGAGACCCGGUUCCCGCUGCUGGUGCUGCUCUGCGCGCUGUCCGGGACCCGGAGCCCCGGCGCGUCCGCGGGGCGCAGCUGCGCCGACACCCGGCAGGUGUACGCAGAGAAGGGGUACGGCACCGGCACGGCUCCGCUGACUCAGAUCUCCGGUGAGCACCUGCGGCUCUGUCCUCUAGACUACACCUGCUGCUCCAGUCAGAUGGAGGAGACGCUGGCCCUCCAGAGCGAGAGGGACUUCCUCAAGGCCGUGGAGGAGAACAGCCAGUUCCUUUUGACCACCUUCACGCUGAGGCACCGGCGGUUUGAUGAGUUCUUCAGAGAGCUUAUAGACUUGUCAGAGAAGUCCAUGAACCAGAUGUUCACCAAGACCUACGGCCGGCUCUUCACCCAGAACGCACACGUCUUCCAGGAGCUGUUUGUGGAGCUGCGCAGUUAUUACUCUGGGGGCAGUGUCAGUCUGUCGGAGGUUCUCUCAGACUUCUGGUCCAGGCUGGUGGAGCGAGUCUUCUCUCUGGUUAACCCCCAGUAUCAGUUCAGUGAGGAGUACCUGGAGUGUGUCAGCAAACACGCCGAGCAGCUGCAGCCCUUCGGGGAGGUUCCCCGCAGACUGCGUGUUCAAGUGUCGAGGGCUUUCAUUGCAGCUAGAGCUUUGUCUCAGGGCUUGGCCACUGGUCGGGAUAUUGUUAACAAAGCUACAAAGCUGACUGCGGACUCGGAGUGUGUGCGCGGGCUGAUGCGUCAGUGGUACUGCCCGCUGUGUCGGGGGCUGCCGGCCCUGCGGCCCUGCCACCCCCUGUGCCUGAACGUGAUGAAGGGCUGCUUAGCCAAUCAGGGCGACCUGGACACAGAAUGGAACAAUUUCAUUGAUGCUCUCUACCAGGUUUCGGAGAAGUUGGAGGGGCCGUUCAACAUGGAGCUUGCAGCCGACUCCAUCUCUGUGAAAGUGUCGGAGGCCAUCAUGCACAUGCAGGAGAACAGCGUCAGCAUCUCCACCAAGGUGUUCCAAGGUUGUGGAAGUCCCCGGCCGGCACCGGGACGGCCCAAGCGUUCACCCAAAGAGUCAGGGGGCAACAGGAGGCCUUUCCGCACCUACAGCCCCGAGGAGAAACCCACCACUGCUGCAGGCACCAACCUGGAUCGGCUGGUCACCGAGCUGAAGGAGCGACUGCGGCCCAUGCGUGGCUUCUGGGUGUCCCUCCCACACACCAUCUGCAACGACGAAAAGAUGGCCUCCGACGUCACUAAUGAGGACCGCUGCUGGAACGGGCAGACCCGGGGGAGGUACCUUCCGGAUGUCACGGGCGACGGGCUGGUCAGCCAGAUCAACAACCCCGAGGUGGAGGUGGACAUCGCCCGGCCGGAUGUGAGGACCAGACAGCUGAUCAUGGAGCUGAGGGUGGCGACCAACAAGCUGAGACACGCUCAGAGUGGACAGGACAUGGACUUCAUGGACAGCGAGGAGGGCAGUGGCUCCGGAGGAGGAGAUCAGGGUGAACGGUACAAUGACGAUUGGCCCGGCUACGGGCCUUAUUCCCCCCCCUACAACAAACCCCCCCGCAACCCCGCCUCUGACCCCGCGAAGCCGCCACGAGUCCGAGAGAGAAACGGGUCCAAGUUGAACAGAAACCACGGACGCGAGCGGUCCGCAGCCAGCCAGCCGUCCUGCUGCCUGCUUCCUCUGCUGUCGUUGCCUUUCAUGGCCACCGUGGCCCCCAUGUGGAGAUAGCUGGUCAUUACAGCCUGCGCAGUCAUUCCAUUCGGUUACACCAGCAGACAAAACCAAGCCAAAUCAGCAAUAAUUAAAAACCACAGCACAAAAUAAAUUGAUAUUUAUCUUACUGCCCAGGCCACAAAAUACAAGCACAACAAUGAAACUUAACACUGCCGUUCUUCGUUUGAGCAUUGGUGCUGAAUGGUGUGCAGGGCGGAGGAGAAACAAGAAGCGUUAAAAGGCAAAUGAACGGGGAGGAUGUUUGGCUGAUGAAGCUCUUGUUCCGGUGGUUUAAUCCUCCGUGAGAUGGAGGUUAUUUGUGCCGGUUCAUAGCAGUUUUGUUUAAGUGAGCAGCUGAUUUGAUCCGUGAUUAAUAUUCUUAACGGCUCUUGAUUUCACUCGAGUUAUGUUUCAUCUUUUAUCAUGUGGAAGUAAAGCAAUUUAAUUCACUAUCUUAAUUUAACCUCCAUAUUUUUGCUUGGAGAUGAAAAUAAGUCAACAGUGUGAUUCUUGAAACCAAACAAGUGGCUUACUUUGAAUGUACCUAGUUUGCUUUUACUUGUGUCAACAAGUGGUUAAUUCAUGUAAUAUAUUGAUGUUCUUAAUUUAUUUGUAAUAUAAUCCUCGUUCUUAUGCUCAUUCAUUUAAAAGCACCAUCUGUUUUUAACUUUCUCUGAAAAAAAAAGGGAAAAAUCAAGUUGUGUUGAUUUAUCCGUUUUGUAAACCGAUCAUUUGAAAGUGUAAUUGAACCAAACGUAACGCAACUCUUAAUUAUCAAACCUUAUUGUGGCACGACAGCAGAUCCUUACAGAGCAGUUUGUGUGAAUGUGUGUUUGUUUGAUGCUUUUAUAUAUUUGUCGUUUUCAUGGUUCUGAUUUUUUAUACGGGGCUUUUCUACUCGUUUUUCCUAAAAGCAAACCAAGAUGGACAGUGUGGGGGCUCAUGAUGGGAAUUGAAGGUGAAUGUUGUCGGAAGCCGAGAGACGACGGCUCGGAUUCUUACAGAACGAGUUGCAAUGAAGAUAAAAAUCAAAGAUUAUUCAAGAAGAAGGCCGGCAGGAGAGGGAACUAAAAACACACUUUAGUGAGACAUUUCGGGAGAGUUGAAUUGGUGACUUAACGGUGAAUCCAGCACACUGCUAACUUAGCUUAGCAUAAAGACGGUUCGUUUCAGAAAUAUGCUACAAAGUAAUUAAAUAAGCCUGUUUCAAAUAAUGUUGAGCUAUUGUGUGCGAUGAUGAAAGUCAGGCGACGGAUCUCACAGACGGAAGCAGCAAUAAGGACGCAGAUUAUAAAAAGAAGCUUGAAUGAGAAACGGUGAAAUUCACUUCUAGUUGCGCCUUUUGCAAAAAUACCAGGAGAAAAUAUACGCUUUAGACUUUUAAUCCCCAGCAAUCCAAGUUAAUUUUCAUUUUGGAACGAAACCCUUGACCGUCAGUCGGGACUUUGUACAAACUGCACAACGACGAAUGAAAGACAGUAUUUUAAAAGCAGGAGAAUCACGAGUUUUUAGCACAAUCAUCCGCACAGUCGUUCAUGGUGAAAGUAAAGCACAACACUUUUCAUGUUGUAACAGUUUUUUGCUUUCAAGCAAGUGAUAUUUGUUUUGCUUCAUUAAAAAAUAACUCAAACGUA